AUGUGUGGAAUAUUUCUCUCCAUUCACGCCGACAAUGAUCCUCGUAGCGACAGUCGCUUUUUAUCCAUAUGUCGUGCUCUGAAACGAAACAAUGCCGAGAGAGGUCCCGAUGCUCAGGGAAACCAUCGCAUUCAUAUCACCACAUCAACGCCCAUUUCUCAAGAAAUUUCUCAACAAGUCGCUCAUAAUUAUGAUCGAGUUCGCUUUGAAGUCGACUUUUACGCUUCCGAGUUGCGAUUAAGAGGAGAUUCCCCCAUUUUUCAACCUCACGUGCAAGGGGGUAACAUAUUGUGCUGGAAUGGAGAAAUAUUUGAUGGGUUGGAGGUCCCGCCGCACGAGAAUGACGGUGUGAAAGUAUUGGACUCCCUUCACAAUUUCAAAACAGGUUCUCAAGUUCGAGACUUCUUCGGCACGGUGGAGGGCCCCUAUGCGUUUGUCUUUUACCAGGAAGAAUCAGAAUGCCUAUUCUUUGCUCGAGAUCCCCUCGGACGCAGAUCGCUACUCAUUCACAGGCCCACACCUGAUCAACCUUAUUUGUUGCUCUCCUCGGUCUCCGCUGGUCUAAAUGCAGGAUAUAACUUCGAUGAUGUUUCUACAGAUUCUAUCUACUGUCUUAGUCUGCGGUCCUUAGCUUCCAUCCAAGAUUAUGACACGCGCCUCCAGCGUCUGCCACGUUCGACACCAGACCGUUUAUUGCUGUAUGCAAGACCUGCUAAAAUCAAUGAAAGUUUGCCACCAGAUGAACUUGCUGUAAUUGAAUCGGCUUCAAUUCCCAGUUACCUAUCGCAGGUGGUUGAUGAUCUAAUUGAUCAACUGGAUCGCAGUGUGCUACUUCGCGUUCGCAACAUACCCCGGAUAUCCGGGCCAAGUAGAAGUGCAAGCGUGGCUAUCUUGUUCAGCGGAGGCAUCGAUUCCACCGUGUUGGCAUUCUUUGCGCACAAGCACAUACCACUUGACGAACCUAUCGAUCUUUUGAAUGUUGCGUUUGAAAAUCCCCGUAAACUUGGGAUUACAACGCAAGGAUCACUUUCCAACUCGCCAAAGCGAGCAAAGAAGGAGAAAAUCAGUCAACUCAAUGGAUCCAACGAGCCAAUGGGUACCUACCUAGUCCCCGACAGAGUCACAGGACUCGAUGAACUUGAAGAGUUGCGUCGCAUAUGUCCUGGCCGGGUUUGGAAAUUUGUAGAGAUUAAUGUUCCUUAUCAGGAAUCCCAGAGCGCGCGCGAGAGAAUCGAGUCACUUAUGAUACCAGGUCGAACUGUCAUGGAUCUGAGCCUAGCCCUUGCUCUUUACUUUGCCUCCCGUGGUCAAGGCCAAAUCCGAACAUCACUGGGGUCUGAACCUGAGGUGUAUACCAGUGUGGCACGCGUAGUUAUUAGUGGGUUGGGUUCGGACGAACUUUUGGGGGGCUACGGCCGACAUCGUUCCGCGUUCUACACUGGGGGGUGGGAAGCUGUCAUUAAAGAGCUGCAACUGGAAAUGGAUCGUAUCCCAACUCGGAAUCUUGGGCGAGAUGAUCGCAUUAUAUCAUCCCACGGGAAAGAAACUCGGCAUCCAUUCCUAUCUUUGGAUGUCGUAAGAUUCCUUGCUUCCCUUCCAAUCCAUCUUAAGAUGGAUCCUCGAGCAGAUUUGGGUGUGGGUGACAAAAUGCUUCUGCGAUUGUUGGCGCAGAGAGUUGGAUUGGUUGAAGCCAGCAGUCGAAAGAAGCGAGCAAUGCAGUUUGGAAGUCACUCAGCAAGAAUGGGGGGUGAAAAACGUGGAGAUGUAGAUUUAGUUUGA